GAAGCUGGGCGGGGGGCCGAGACGGGGGCCGGGACGACGGCUGGGGCGCUGGGGUCGCCAGCUCCUCGCCCACCUCCCUCCCUGUGGGAGAAGAGGAGGAGGGGAAGUGACUGCGGAGUUGAUGAACUUUGCACAUCCAGAAACGCCAUUUUGAUUCCUUUUCCGGAACAAGUUUGCAUCUCUCCUCGGUCUCUCCCUGAAGCCCACCGGUCCCCAACGCAUCAUGCCUGGGAGCCAAGCGUCCUGCCCGGCCGUUGCUCCGACUGUGUGCUCCAGGAGUGGUGGCUCUGAGGUGUGACCCUGCCCACCUUUGGGCCCAGCCAGGUUCAGCCCCCCAGUAAGGAGGGCAGCUUGAUAACACAAAGAAAACAGUGUCAACGAAUACUAACAAGAGAAGAAGAAAAGGUCAACACAGACUCAUUUUCUACUCCAUGUGAAUGAUAGCUACAGCAGGGGGAAGUUUCAUAGUCUUAUCAGUUGGGUCAGAAAAUGGAGUUUUAUGGCAGAGGCUUCUUAGAAGCUUAAACCCCUGUCCCAAUGACGUCAAGUUCGCCCGUUGGCUUGGAAGGUUCAGACCUGUCUUCCAUCAACACCAUGAUGUCGGCGGUCAUGAGUGUAGGGAAGGUCACAGAGAAUGGCGGGAGCCCCCAGGGCAUCAAGUCCCCCUCGAAGCCUCCAGGACCAAAUCGGAUUGGCAGAAGGAACCAGGAAACGAAAGAGGAGAAGUCUUCCUAUAACUGCCCCCUGUGUGAGAAGAUUUGCACUACCCAGCACCAGCUGACCAUGCACAUUCGCCAGCACAACACAGACACUGGAGGAGCCGACCACUCAUGCAGCAUCUGCGGGAAGUCACUGAGCUCGGCCAGCUCCCUCGAUCGCCACAUGCUGGUGCACUCUGGUGAGAGGCCUUACAAGUGCACUGUGUGUGGCCAAUCAUUUACCACCAAUGGGAACAUGCACAGACAUAUGAAGAUCCAUGAGAAGGACCCUAACAGUGCCACAGCCACAGCCCCUCCAUCUCCUCUGAAACGUAGGCGAUUGUCCUCCAAGAGGAAACUGAGUCACGAUGCCGAGUCAGAGAGAGAAGACCCAGCACCAGCUAAAAAGAUGGUAGAAGACGGGCAGUCAGGUGACUUGGAGAAGAAGGCUGAUGAAGUCUUUCACUGCCCAGUAUGUUUCAAGGAGUUUGUUUGCAAGUAUGGACUGGAGACCCACAUGGAGACCCAUUCAGAUAACCCACUAAGAUGUGAUAUUUGCUGCGUCACCUUUCGAACACAUCGAGGACUGCUGCGUCACAACGCCCUUGUCCACAAACAACUUCCCAGGGAUGCAAUGGGCAGGCCUUUCAUACAGAACAACCCUUCGAUUCCCGCUGGCUUCCAUGACUUAGGAUUCACGGACUUCUCCUGUAGGAAGUUUCCUCGCAUUUCUCAGGCCUGGUGUGAAACAAACCUGCGGAGGUGCAUCAGCGAGCAGCACCGUUUUGUCUGCGACACCUGUGACAAGGCGUUCCCCAUGCUCUGCUCACUGGCCCUGCACAAGCAGACCCACAUGGCAGCAGACCAGGGUCAAGAAAAGCUGCAGGCCACGCCCCUGCCUGGUGACGCCCUGGACCAGAAGGGCUUCCUGGCCUUGUUUGGCCUGCAGCACACCAAAGACGUCAGGCCUGUCCCCGCCGAGGAGCCCCUGCCAGAUGACAACCAGGCAAUUCAGCUCCAGACACUCAAGUGUCAGCUACCUCAGGACCCCGGCUGCACCAACCUGCUGAGCCUGUCUCCUUUUGAAGCUGCUUCCCUAGGCGGUUCUCUCACAGUUCUCCCUGCGACCAAGGACAGCAUAAAGCACCUGUCCCUGCAGCCCUUCCAGAAGGGCUUCAUCAUCCAGCCUGACAGCAGCAUCGUGGUCAAGCCCAUCUCUGGCGAGUCGGCCAUUGAGCUGGCAGACAUCCAGCAGAUUCUGAAGAUGGCGGCCUCGGCUCCCCCUCAGAUCAGUCUUCCGCCCUUCUCCAAGGCCCCCGCCGCCCCACUGCAGGCGAUCUUCAAGCACAUGCCCCCUCUGAAGCCAAAGCCCCUGGUCACACCACGGACGGUGGUGGCCACCUCCACGCCCCCGCCUCUCAUCAACGCCCAGCAGGCUUCCCCAGGCUGUAUCAGCCCCAGCCUGCCGCUACCGCCCCUGAAGCUCCUCAAAGGCUCAGUGGAGGCGCCCUCCAACGCCCACCUGCUGCAGUCCAAGUCCGGGACCCCGCCCAGCGCGGCCACGCGGCUCUCCCUGCAGCAGCCACGGGCGGAGCUACCGGGCCAGCCCGAGAUGAAGACGCAGCUGGAGCAGGACAGCAUCAUCGAGGCCCUGCUGCCGCUGAGCAUGGAGGCCAAGAUCAAGCAGGAGAUCACCGAGGGGGAGCUCAAGGCCUUCAUGACAGCGCCCAGCGGCAAGAAGGCGCCAGCCAUGCGCAAGGUGCUCUACCCCUGUCGCUUCUGCAACCAGGUGUUUGCCUUCUCGGGGGUCUUGCGUGCCCAUGUGCGCUCCCACCUGGGCAUCUCGCCAUACCAGUGCAACAUCUGCGACUACAUCGCCGCCGACAAGGCCGCGCUCAUCCGCCACCUGCGCACGCACAGUGGGGAGCGGCCCUACAUUUGCAAGAUCUGCCACUAUCCCUUCACUGUCAAAGCCAACUGCGAGCGGCACCUGCGCAAGAAGCACCUCAAGGCAACCCGCAAGGAUAUCGAGAAGAACAUCGAGUAUGUGAGUAGCAGCGCGGCCGAGCUGGUGGAUGCCUUCUGUGCCCCGGACACCGUGUGCCGGCUGUGUGGCGAGGACCUCAAGCACUACCGUGCCCUGCGCAUCCACAUGCGCACGCACUGCGGCCGCGGCCUGGGCGGGGGCCACAAGGGCCGCAAGCCCUUCGAGUGCAAGGAGUGCAGCGCCGCGUUCGCGGCCAAGCGCAACUGCAUCCACCACAUCCUCAAGCAGCACCUGCACGUGCCCGAGCAGGACAUCGAGAGCUACGUGCUGGCCGCCGACAGCCUGGGGCCCGCGGAAGCGCCAGCCACUGAGGCCUCGGGGCGCGGGGAGGACAGUGGCUGCGCUGCCCUUGGUGACUGCAAGCCCCUCACAGCCUUCCUGGAGCCUCAGAACGGCUUUCUUCACAGGAGCCCCACCCAGGCUCCGCCUCCCCAUGUCUCGAUCAAGUUGGAGCCCACCAGUAGCUUUGCGGUGGACUUCAAUGAGCCCCUGGACUUUUCUCAGAAGGGCCUGGCGCUGGUCCAAGUGAAGCAGGAAAACACCUCCUUCCAGAGCCCUUCUUCCCUGGCCCUCUACGACUGCUCCAUGGAGCCCAUCGACCUGUCCAUCCCCAAGAACUUCAGGAAAGGGGACAAGGAUUUGGCCACUCCCAGCGAAGCCAAGAAGCCUGAGCAGGAGACGGGGAGUAGCGGGCAACCCUCUCCCUGCCCAGCACCCGGCCCUUCUCUUCCCAUGACUUUGGGGCCCAACGGGAUCCUGGAAAGCCCCAUGGCCCCUGCGCCGGCGGCCACCCCGGAGCCCCCAGCGCAGCCCCUGCAGGGCCCCGUUCAGCUGGCGGUCCCAAUCUACUCCUCAGCCCUGGUCAGCAGCCCUCCACUCGUGGGCAGCUCAGGCCUCCUGAGUGGCACAGCCUUGCUGCGGCCACUGCGGCCCAAGCCCCCCCUGCUUUUGCCAAAGCCCCCCGUGACAGAAGAGCUGCCCCCGCUGGCCUCCAUUGCCCAGAUCAUCUCAUCUGUGUCCUCGGCCCCCACUCUCCUGAAAACCAAGGUGGCAGAUCCAGGGCCAGCAAGCACUGGCAGUAACACCACGGCUUCAGACAGCUUAGGAGGCUGUGUCCCCAAAGCCGCCACCGCUGCCACCACCAGCCCAAAAGAGUCUAGUGAGCCUCCCGCUCCAGCCAGCAGCCCAGAGGCUGCCUCUCCCACUGAGCAGGGCCCAGCGGGCGCCUCGAAGAAGAGGGGCCGGAAAAGGGGGGUGAGGAGCCGUCCCCGCGCCAACAGCGUUGGGGUGGACCUGGACUCCAGCGGGGAGUUUGCGAGCAUCGAGAAGAUGCUGGCCACCACGGACACCAACAAGUUCAGUCCGUUUCUGCAGACAGCGGAGGACAACACUCAGGAUGAGGUGGCCGGAGCCCCCGCCGACCACCACGGGCCCAGUGAUGAAGAGCAGGGCAGUCCCCCAGAAGACAAGCUGCUGAGGGCCAAGCGGAACUCGUACACCAACUGCCUGCAGAAGAUCACCUGUCCCCAUUGUCCCCGGGUUUUCCCUUGGGCCAGCUCCCUACAGAGGCACAUGCUCACACACACUGGUCAGAAACCCUUCCCUUGUCAAAAAUGCGAUGCCUUCUUUUCUACCAAAUCUAACUGUGAACGCCACCAGUUGCGCAAACACGGAGUUACCACCUGUUCCCUGAGAAGAAACGGGCUUAUCCCCCAGUCAAAAGAGAGUGAUGUUGGAUCCCAUGAUAGCACAGACAGCCAGUCGGAUGCGGAGACUGCAGCCACCGCGGGCGAAGUGCUAGACCUCACUUCACGGGACAGAGAGCAGCCGUCGGAGGGCGCCACUGAGCUCCGCCAGGUUACAGGGGAUGCCCCUGCGGAGCAGGCCAAGGCGGAAACGGCCUCGCCUGUGCACGGAGAAGAGCACGGGCCUGGGGAGAGCCAUGAGCCGGAGGAGGAGCCUGGCGCUGAGGAGAGUGCCGGUGACGCUGACGGCGCUGAAGAGGACGCGUCGAGCAACCAGAGCCUGGACCUGGACUUCGCCACCAAGCUCAUGGACUUCAAGCUGGCCGAGGGCGAGGGCGAGGCAGGCGCCGGGGGCGCGGCCACGCAGGAGCAGAAGCUCGCCUGCGACACCUGUGGGAAGAGCUUCAAGUUCCUGGGCACCCUGAGCCGCCACCGGAAGGCGCACGGCCACCAGGAGCCCAAGGACGAGAAGGGAGAUGGCGCCAGCACUGCGGAGGAGGGGCCCCAGCCCGCCCCUGAGCAGGAGGAGAAGCCCCCCGAGACCCCGGUAGAGGUGUUGGAGUCGGCCCCGGGCGCCGGGGAGGCCCCGGCGGAAAAGCCUGCAGAGGAGACUGAGGGCCCCUCCGACGGGGAGAGCGCGGCCGAGAAGAGGUCCUCGGAGAAGAGCGACGAUGACAAGAAACCAAAGACAGACUCCCCCAAAAGCGUGGUCAGCAAGGCAGACAAGAGGAAGAAGGUCUGCAGCGUGUGCAACAAGCGGUUCUGGUCGCUGCAGGACCUGACCCGGCACAUGCGCUCCCACACAGGGGAAAGGCCAUACAAAUGUCAGACCUGCGAGCGAACCUUCACCUUGAAGCACAGCCUGGUUCGCCACCAGCGGAUCCACCAGAAAGCCAGGCAUGCCAAACACCAUGGGAAGGACAGCGACAAGGAUGAGCGGGGUGAGGAAGACAGCGAGAACGAGUCCACCCACAGUGGCAACAACCCCGUCUCAGAGAACGAGGCUGAGCUGGCUCCCAGCGCCAGCAGCCACAUGGCCGUCACCCGGAGCCGGAAGGAGGGCUUGGCCAGUGCCACAAAGGACUGCAACCACAGGGAGGAGAAGGUCACGGCAGGGCAGCCGUCUGAGCCUGGCCAGGGUGACCUUAACCCAGAGAGCCCAGCGGCCCUGGGGCAGGACCUGCUGGAACCUCGCAGCAAGAGGCCUGCCCACCCAACCCUGGCCACAGCUGAUGGUGCCUCGCAGCUCCUGGGGAUGGAGUGACAGCCUCAGUCCCCCUCAGCACAGACAAAAGCCAGCAGAGCAAAGCGUCAUGGGGUUUCCUCAGUGCCCUUCAGCUGUUGGAGAGUGAGAGAGAGAGAGAGAGAGAGAGAGAGAGAGAGAGAGAGAGCGAGUGCGAGACACAAGCAGGAGCGUGGCUGCUCGAGCACUCAGUGCCAUAGCCUUACCGCAGCGUGCGCGGGAGGCCACAACCCGUGCCGAUUCCAGUGCCUUAACUACUUACCGGAUCCCUCCAUAUUAUCGUGGGUGUUGUAUUUUUCCAAAAUGACUUCUUAAACAAAACAAAUAUUGUAAUGAAUUGUCUGGAGAGGACUUCUUCAUUUGAGCAUUAGCGUUAUUUUUUAUUGGUGUGUGUGAGCUUGUUCUUGUGAAUCUGUGAUAGCACCGUUUGUUCGUAAGCUGGAAACAGAAGGAAAAAACAUACCCUUGGGUACCCAUAGCCAAUAACUGGAAGAAAAUGAUGUGAAUUUCAUGUAAAUGACCAGAGGAAAGAUGGAUAAGAUGAUAAUUUCUUAAAUAGACAUUUUCCUUUUUUCUGUGUGCUUCAUGGUGGAGCUGUCAUCCGGUCCUUGGUAUUACAGGAUGUGGUUGAUGAAGGUUUCCAAUAUGGUUUCAAGCCAAAACCAGGAAAGAUUCUAGCUUCAGCCUCAUGUCCGUUUCCACUCUGUCAGCAUUAGACAUGGUCACCGUUCAAGUUUCAAGACAUCGAUUCUUAACUAUAGAGAAGAGUUACUCCCCUGGCGUCUAAACCUAUGGAAAAUAUGCACGGAUAGCAUAUAUUUGAUUGCCUCCUCUUCCCUUUCAGUAUCUAUAUUAUUAAUAUUAUUAUUAUUAUUAUUAUUGUUAGUUCAUCAGUUUGCUGUUCUCUGCAGUGAGCAGAAUCAAAUGGGCAAUAUUUGUCCUGGGAGACCUGUGCCGCACCCGGGUCCCCGUGUAAACGUGUGCCUGCGGCUGUGGUUGGCACCCUCGGGUGGUAGCUCUUCUACCGGAAUGAGACAAGCCUUUCUUCUGUCACUGCAGAAUUUAGCAGGGCCGUGAGCAGUCUUCCCAAGCAUGGCCCAGGAGCAGCUCAGAGAGGGUGGAGUGAGGGUGUGUGCAUCCAGGAAACAGGCAUCAAGAAGCCAGGACCGUGCCUGGAGCACUGCAGAGAUGACUUUGGAGAAAGCAAAGCAGUGACCCAGUGACCAGGCACGUUACUCGUGAGCGAGGUAUUCCCAGUCUUCCUGCUAAGCCUAAUCCAAGCCUUACCCAGCUGUGCUACUGUCAUUUGCAAAAGCAAGGAAAUACUACUACUGGUAAUAAAACUACACAUGCAAGAUGUCAGAUAAGAAAUAGGUUUAUAUUUACCUUCCUGCGAUGUGGAGUUGGUGCUUGAAGAUAAAUGUGCUGUUUCUAGUUUCUUAAAUAGCCCAAACCCCUGGGUGCAAAAAGGCAGGAUUCUUUUUACCCAUAAGCAUCUUAGGCAGGCAAUAGACUUCCCUCACUGUCCCCGCCUGCAGGGAGGAGAAUGUACCCCACUGCAUCUGAGCUCCUGGUCCCUCAGCCAAGACCUCAGGGGCCCCCAGCCAGCCUGCUGCUGGGGACCCCUGUGCUUGCUGCAGUGUGUGGAGCCUCUUGCCUUCCCCUGGGGAGGCAUACCUGUACUCCAGCUGCUUUCCCCUGCCUUUUUCUGGCCCCAGUGCCCCUCCUUUACAUAGACUUGUUCACACAGAAACAUGCACACCCCCUUUUCUCCGCCACUUCACCAGUUUCUGAAAUCCAACCUCCCAGACAUCAAAGGAAGAUAGAUAUUCUUGAGAUAAUGAAAAGUGAUAUCUUCGCGUAUGAAAGGAAAAAAGGUUGAGGUAUAUAUGAUUUUUAACUGUAUUAGGGAUGUAUGAACCAGUUUAAAAAUAAGGUUUUAUUUACUGUAGAGAUGAAUGCAAAUCAGAACCAAUGAUUCCUUGGUCUACUUAGUUAAAACCAGUUCAUACAUCCCUUAGGUUUCUUUUUUUAUUAUUACAGUUGUUAUUGUUAUUUUUGUUGUUAUCAUUUGGGGUUUCUUGUGUUUUUUCUUUGCGACUCUCCACACUAAACUCGCAAUAUUGUGGGGAGAAGCUGUGAGUAAACUCUACGCUGCGGUGAGAUGUAGCAGUAAUCAGCUCCCAGCAACGUGAGUAGCCGGGGCUGCCGCUCGCAAUAAUCACUAUUGAUUUAAAGCUUUACUUAGCCUUGAUCUGUACCCUCGUAGUCAAUAAGGUCUUGCCACAUUUUAUUAGUGAGGUGGAGAAACGUAUUAUUUGUUUGUUUUUGCCCUUCCCCCACCCCCCAAUAUUAAACUGUGAAAUUUGUGAUUUGUUUAAACUCUGGGUGAAUCAUAGCUUAGUUUGCAUGUCCAGCUAAUUUGUUUCUAUACAUUUUGUUUGAUUCUCUUUCUCCUUCUCUCAGGGCUUUUACAAAAAAAUAUAUAUAUAUGGAUCUUCUGAAAAGUUUUUUGAGGUGCAAGUUUUUUCUCUUUUUUUUUUUUUCCUCAUUGAUUAAUGGACAUGAUGCUGAGAUUCAAUCACUACAUGAAACACCUGGCUGUGAAAACAGAACAACCCAGAGGGCUGUUUUCCAAGCAGCGCUGGGGAAGCUACGGAACAGCCGGAUGCCAGUUUCGGGAGGAUUCACCGUACGUUCUGACCCUCUGUUCGUCUCUUUCCUCUCCUCUUUCUUCAAGAAGGAAAUUGAUCCUAGUGAUUUCAGCCCAUGCAUUAAACAGGAAACAAUAAUAAAUUUGUAGAAUGCAUAUUUUUCUAAAGGGAACUUAAAAACUGCUGCUACAUGUUAUGUACAAAACUGGUUUAUGCCACAUGAACAGAGAAUCACAAGUUUGGUUUUGGUACUUUUUGUUCCUCUUUGUAUUCAGUUGUAUAGAACUUCCAAAUUCAGAAUGAGAAGAAAGCUGUUCUGUAUCAAACCAUCUAAGCAAUAAAUGUUAUAUUUUAAAAGCGGCA